GCCUGGCUGGGCCGCGCGCCCGGAGCUCCUCGUGCUCGGCCGCCGCGCGCGCGCCCCCGCCAACGGUCGCCGUCGCUCCCCGGCCGCCAUGAGGCACCUGCCGUACUUCUGCCGCGGCGAGGUGGUGAAGGGCUUCGGCAGAGGGUCCAAGGAGCUGGGCAUCCCCACGGCUAACUUUUCUGAGCAAGUAGUCGAAAGCUUUCCAUCUGAUAUCUCUACUGGUAUAUACUAUGGAUGGGCCUGUGUUGGAAAUGGAGAUGUGCAUAAAAUGGUUUUGAGCAUAGGAUGGAAUCCUUUCUUUAAGAAUGUUAAGAAAUCAGUGGAAACGCACAUAAUCCACACUUUCGAAGAUGAUUUUUAUGGAGAAAUUCUUAGUAUAGUCAUUACAGGAUAUAUUCGACCAGAAAAAAACUUUGAUUCUUUAGAGGCACUUAUUUCAGCAAUUCAGGAAGACAUUGAAGAAGCAGAAAGACAACUGGAUUUACCAGAACAUCUUAAACUCAAAGAAGACAACUUCUUUCAUAUGCCAGAAGGCAAAAUAGUAAACAGCCAUUAAGCAAAGCUCUUCAUUAAUUUUUUUUUCUCAUGAAGCUCUUUUCUUUGCACUGCUUUUGUAGGUACUAAUUGUCACAUACCUGUUUAGGUAAUUGAGGUUGGAACUGAACACUGUAAAACCAAAGCAAGAUGAUUUAAGUUUUUGUUAAUUGAUCAUUAAACCAGUCAUGCAAAAGGAGUAGAAGGCUGUUUUAGGUCCUUAGAGAUGAAAUUGUGACUCCUGAAGUUGUCAGUUGCAUAGUGAACUUAGCACAUACAGAACUUGACCAAAGUUAAUUGUACCUCUUCUGCUCCCACGGUGUGGAAAGUUAAAUACUUAAGUGAAGAAUAUCUGUUACUAACAUACAAAAUGUUACUCCAAACUCUUUUCUCAGUUUUAUCAUUCUUGCAUCUGGAUUAUAGCUAGCAGCUUAGAAAAUUUUGAUACUGAUUGAGUUAAAAAUUUACCUGUGGUGCAGGAAGCCAAUAUUUAGGUAACAGAAACAAGAAUAAUUGACUCUAUUUCUUAGUUUUGAUAUACUAUACAACCAUUGCGGUGGAAGCUGGCAUUUUAAGUGAAACUAUUUAUUGUGAGUUUAUUUGAAUUAGACCUAAUCACUGUUACUCAUUGACUGAGUUACUGGAGUCAGAGAUAGACGCUUCUGCCUAGUUGCUUGCAUGUAUGACAGUGUAUGAGCUGCUGAGUUUACUUCUAAGGAAGUGUUUCCCUAAAAUUUGGGAAAUGAAUGACAGGGUGAAAGUUGAUGUACUGUUCAGGCCAAAGUAGUGCAGAACCAAUAUAACAAGACUUAUACCCUUUGGGUCCUAAGGAAUAAAAAGUAACCAGAGGCAAACUUAUAUAUAGCCUCGUCUCAGAGAGAUGAGGAUAACCUAUGGGUUGUUCACCAUACUGGCGAUAGAAGGACUGACUUCAAGGCUGAAGUUCGAAUGUAAGGCAGAAAAGAAUCCCCUCAACCCUAUGCACCAAGUGCAGGUAAGAGCCAAGUUUUAGGCUGACCAAUUAAAUUAGUAUACAAGUGAAAGCUUUUUGCAGUUCUUGGAAUAAUCAUGUAUCAGCUCUGUGGUAGCUAUUAAGUAAUAAUAACAAGUAACUGCAAUCUUUCUGAUUCUGGAAGGUAUGCAUGGAUAAAUGGAGGGUAUGUUGUCAAAGUUGAUAGCAAUUAGGAAAAUAUCUCUGAAAUGUAUACCUAAUGUGUGAUUCUGAAUCUUCUUUUUUUUCCCCUGCCCUGUUCCUCCUUAAAUUGUCUGUCCCCUACUCAGUGAGGGGAAAAUGAGAAAGUGAGCUGCAGUGACUUUGUUGUGCUCAUAUUAUCUUAAUGUGGGCUUGUGAUGUGGAAGCAUCUCUUUCUGAAACUCAGACAGUUCUGUGGAUGUAUCUGAACUGCAGUUGUAGCUGAACUUUUGCAUGCAGUUUGGGAAUGCACAGUCUCUGUAGUGCAACUUCAUGUAUUUCCUCCCAUUCGCAUCCCAUUUUGACCUAUAAUUUGGUUUCAAGGUUUAAGAGAGUUGUGAGAAAGUAGCCUUCUGGUUCUUAUCUGUGGCAGGUGCUGUCGAGAUGUCAAGCUUCUAGUUCAGCUUCAUAUUGCUCUAACUAAGCCAGUACCAAGCGGCUUUAUUAGAGAAAAGACCUUGAUUGGCUGUGUAGGACUUCAGCAGAAACUUGAGAUCAUUCAAACAAGUUGCUCAUGUAUUCUAUUGAUGACAAGAAUAACAUGAAUGCAGAUCUUGAGCAGGGAGGGAGUGAUUUCUACAUAAGCACUGGUUAGAAUAAACAGCAUUUUGACCUCUGUACCUAAGGUUUAUAUAUCUAACUCUCCAAAGUUGCUGACAGUUUUGUCCUAAGAGUUUCCUGAAUGUUUUCAGCACAAUUCUGCCUUCCUAGUAGGAGAAUAUUAAGAAAAAAAAAUAACUUACUGCUGUUUAAAAAAAAACUGUCUUAAGUGAUUUAGUGGACUUUAUAAUAUGUUGGAAAUUGUAUUCUAAAAAUCUGUACAAUAAUUAUCUUGUAAGAGUAAACAGUUGGAUUUUUUCCAUUUUAAAAUGGAGGGAUGAAGGACUUUUCCACUCAGUAUGAAGAGCUGAGGUAUUUUUGAGUUUGUAACAAUGUCAAUCUUAUAUACAUUUUACUUUUUUGGUAGGCCAAAUAAUAGAAGCAGUAAUUGGCAAAAUAUGUUACCAAGAACAUAUUUGAAGUAUAAAACUUUAUUUAUCAUGGUAUUAUGACUAAACUCUGAUAGCCUUCUUUAAAAUUAAUUUUUGGUUGGUGAUUUCAUGUGUCUGCUGUGGAAACCAUGGUGCCUUAGGCUGGUUGUUUGAGUAGUGCUUUUCCGUAACUGCUGAUGAAUGCUACUAUCCAGUACUGAUUUCAUUAUUGAGCCACUGUGCCAAGCAUAGAGAACGGUGGUGAAGGGAAAACUUGAAAACCUAUUAGUUUGCUAACAGCUCUCACCUGAAGUGUGAAGUAUGGUUACAGUGAACUAAUAAACAGCUCUUUGUAUGUUUGUCUUCAAGUUAGAGAAAAUGUAAUUAUGUUCAUUUGGCUGAGUGUACCUAUCCAUGCAUGUUAUUUAAGAUAAAAUAUUGUAUAUCAAUUAUUUAAAUUCAGUACAUAGUGCCUAGCGCAGUAUAAACUUUAUGAAGGUUUAUAUUUUUUUAUUAUUUACAAAUAACUAUUUAUUUCAAUUAAUGUUGCUGCACUGUACCAUUAAUAAAUGAAAUGUAACUAAGAAAGUUAGAAUUUUAUUCAUCAUAAGUUUUUCUGAUUGAUUGUAUGUAAUAUGUGUUUGCAUAUUCCUUAGCAUACUCUGAAAGAUGUACUGUGGAUUUCUUUCAUUACUCUGCAUAAAUUUCUGUCAGGUUCAGGAAGGAAGAUUUCUGUUCUUCAUGUUAUAAACUUAGUGCCACAGUAUUUGAGUCACAGAGAUAACUGUACGUAUUUGCACUUGUUUACAUGCAAGACACUACAAACAGCAAGUGAGGCAUAAAGGGGUUUCAUAUCUUGCUUCACCUAAACUGGAGGACCACUGAAAUGUUGAAGUCUGAAAAAUAUAAGUAUUUCCAUAGUUUCAAAUUCUAAAAAAAAAAAAAAGAUACAGGUUUAUCUAAAUUUAAAUUGCCUGCCUCCUUUUCAGGUCUAUUACUAUUACGAAAUGAAGUUUGUUGACAACGUGAGAAUAUCUGCAUAAGAAUUUUUUUUUCCAAAAAACUUGUAGUCAAAAACAGUCUUAUUUGAUAACUGUGGUACUGAACUACCUGAUGUCCUAAUAGCCUGCAGAAUAUAUGCUUAGGGGAUGUUAAAACUAAGCAUGCCUUUGUAUACAGAAAAACUUAUGGCUUAAUCUGCACAGAAAAAUCGUCUGGAAUAGUUAUUCACACUGGCUUCUUGUAUGGCUAGUUACUUUCUGAAUUGGUAGCCUUGGUAGGAACAGACAUGGAACCUUUAUUCAAUUGGUAUUCUUACUUUGAGGCGGGAUCCCUCUGUAUGUAAUCUAACUUUCUCAAAAACUAUAUGAAACACUAAAACUUGAAGCCUGCAUAAAUGCAUUUACAGCUGUUUUGCAGUCUCAUCUGACAUUUUGUUGAGAGCAGUCCUGAGACAAAGGAGACGAAAAUUCUUUCUUUUAAAUAGAUAUAAGCAUAAAUUUAAUAGCUGUGAGUAAAUAUAAUAAUCUCAAAGCUGCAAUAGGUGAAUUCUGAAAGUUUGCUGAGGAAGAAUUCCUAAUGUUUUUCAUAUUUUGACACACAGCAUCUCUUUCUGAAAAUGCUAUUUCUAGAGCAAUCUGUAGAGAUGGUGUAAGGUGUCCUUUUAAAUUUUUGUUCUGUCUUGGACUUAUUAGUCUGUCUUAGCAAUUCUUGGAAAUAGUUUAUUUUGUGAGAAUCACCACUUCGUUUGUUACAGUCAAGCUUAUUGCCAAUGUUGCUGUUCAAUAAUUCCUAUUUAUACUUUCUUUCAAAGCUUUUUAAAACUUUUUGCUUCUUUGAGAAGUCAGAUGGAGGAAGCUGCCUGCUUUCCUAAUGUUCUCAUUCAGUUGUUAAAGCAUUCAUUUAGGUCAUGGUGAAGAUUCCUCUGUUGCUGCUGAAGGGGAAUCAAACCUGUAUCUUAAAGCAAACUAAUCUAUCUGGCACAGGCCUCUUCAGAAAGGCAAAAGCUCCUCUUGUACUUUCACACUUGGCAACUCUUUAUAUGUAGCUUUCUGUAUAAUGCCACUGAAGUUGCAUCAGGAAAGACUGUAAAAUAUUGCGGUGUUGUGGAUAUGUCAUAGGGCUUGCUUUCUGUGUAAGGUGCACUGGAUUUACUGGUAUAGUCUGAUGUCCAUCAGAUUGUGGUUCUAACACCGCAGCAUCCAGACUAGAGGCGUGGAUUUAAAAUUAAAAAAUCCUCAAUCCUUUAUGUUGUUUAGAAUUUUAUUUAGUACUUGGCCCUAUAAUUUCCAAGCAUCCAGAUUUUAUGUGAGUUUUCUGGGAUUAAAAUAUCAAAUUCUCUUCAGAUUUAUUUUGUAAUAAAUGUGCUCUAUCUAGAGCUAUAUUUUUUUUUUCUUCUUUUGUUUGUAUUUUUCUGAAGGGAGUUGAGAAACACCCAAUGAAUAGAAUGCAAUACUUCCUAGUGUAUUGGUUAGAAAAUUUGAAUUAUUAAUUAUUCCAGGGGCAAACUUGGAUGGAUUUAUGGCCCAUUUUGAUUUUUAAGCAGCCUGAAGCUUUAUAAACAUGGCUACCAAUGGCAGUUAUUAAUUAUAUAUAAUUAUAUAAUUAUAUAGCUUAUGGGUAGUGAUUUUUAUUGUUUGGGAAUUUUUGUUUCUUGCUGGUGGCUGGGGAGAGCUAACUGCUUUUUUUAUUUUUUUUUUUUUAUUUUUUUUUUUUUUUUGAUGUUAUGUUUUGUUCUUAGGUUUCUUAAAUUUGCAUUUAGUUUUUUUUUUCCACAGUAUUGUCAGUGAAAGUAGAAGGCAGGAUUCAAGGUAAUGAUAAGAUUUUUAUGUGACUUUUUGUUUCCUAAAGGUGAGACACCUAAGUGAGGAAAUUAAGUGUAUUUAGGCAUACAGAACAAAGAAAGAAAAAUGGGUAAUGAAGAUGAUAUCAAGUGACAUGAAAGAGGAGAAAGCAUAGAGCAGAAUACUUCGAUGAGGUUUUGGAUGGUAUAUGCAGUGAGAAAGGAUAGAGUUACAUGAGGGGAAAAAAACUGAGCAAGAACUAUUAAAAUAAUGGAUGUUAGAUAAAUGUAGAACCUGAACUCUUCCUGAAAAAGAAAAUAUGCUUAUUUAUAUGCUGAAUAGCUAAUAUAAGUGAAAGAAUACUUCAUUUUUACUGUGCAGUUAAGUGUGUAAUAUAAAUUUGCUAAAUCAUGAUAAGAAAAAAAAUUAGUGCAUCUGUUUCCUUGGUUAAGGUCCGAAUAGUUCUUCCUUCUGUUUAAACCUUCAGAAAAGAGACAAUGAUGGGGGGGGGAACCAUAAAAAACAUUUCUAAGGGAAAAACUUUAUCUUGUCAUGUUCACCAUUAAUAAAACUAGAGAUUUUGUUUAAAUCUGCCUGUAGACAUGUGUUAAGCUACUCCCUUAAUAUUUCUAAACAGUAGGAAACAAUAAAUAAAAGAACAUAUGUAUGUUGGAAGGACAGCAGAAGGUACAUGUGUGUAUGAUAUCUAGUAUUAAUUUUUGUUUUUAAUAUCUCUAAUUUGGCUAGUUCAUUGCAAGUGUGUGUUACCCAGCCAGAAUCUUGUCAUCUGCUGCUUGAUUGUAAAUGUGAUAGAUCAUGUAAUUAUCUGUACAUUCUUGAAAAGGUAAUGUUACUAUUAAAAUAUUUUGUAUAUUAAAUAGA